CCUCUGCUGCCCUCCGGAGCGCGGUGCGCACAGAUCGCUGUCCGGGGCAGCAGCGCCUUUGCUGUCGCUGCCUCCGCCCUUGUGGAGCGGAACCCGGGCAGCAGAACCCGGUCUUCUUAGUCUGGCUUUGCUAGCCUGGAUCUCCCGCGCGCACAGCUCAGGGACAGCUUUGAAGCUGCCGGACCGGACAGGGCUCCGAGGUCCUGCCCGGCAGCUCCAGCGAGCGGGUGGGUGAGCGGGCACGCUGAUCACCCCUUCUCUCUUUCCGCUGGAGUUGAAUCUGUGCUGCCCGUGUCCAGGUGCUGGGCUUCCGGACCGUCACCGACGCCCCAUUCCCGCCCGCAGCCGCCUUGUCAUGCUGCCCAAAGUGGAGACGGAAGCCCCAGGACUGGUCCGAUCGCAUGGGGAACAGGGGCAGAUGCCGGAAAACAUGCAAGUGUCUCAAUUUAAAAUGGUGAGUUACUCCUAUGAUGAAGAUCUGGAAGAGCUAUGUCCUGUGUGCGGCGAUAAAGUAUCCGGGUAUCAUUAUGGUCUCCUUACCUGUGAGAGCUGCAAGGGUUUUUUUAAGCGAACUGUCCAAAACCAAAAAAGGUACACAUGCAUAGAGAACCAGAAUUGCCAAAUUGACAAAACACAGAGAAAACGCUGUCCCUACUGUCGUUUCAAAAAAUGUAUUGAUGUUGGAAUGAAGCUGGAAGCUGUAAGAGCCGACCGCAUGCGAGGAGGCAGAAAUAAAUUUGGGCCAAUGUACAAGAGAGACAGGGCCCUGAAGCAGCAGAAGAAAGCCCUCAUUCGAGCCAAUGGACUUAAGCUGGAAGCCAUGUCUCAGGUGAUUCAAGCAAUGCCCUCAGACUUGACCUCUGCAAUUCAGAACAUUCACUCUGCCUCCAAAGGCCUACCUCUGAGCCAUGUAGCCUUGCCUCCGACAGACUAUGACAGAAGUCCCUUUGUCACAUCUCCCAUUAGCAUGACAAUGCCACCUCACAGCAGCCUGCAUGGUUACCAGCCAUAUGGUCACUUUCCUAGUCGGGCCAUCAAGUCUGAGUAUCCUGAUCCCUACUCCAGCUCUCCUGAGUCAAUGAUGGGCUACUCCUACAUGGAUGGUUACCAGACGAGUUCCCCGGCAAGCAUCCCACACCUGAUCCUGGAACUUUUGAAGUGUGAACCAGAUGAGCCUCAAGUUCAAGCCAAGAUCAUGACUUAUCUACAGCAAGAGCAGAGUAACCGAAACAGGCAGGAAAAGCUGAGCGCCUUUGGGCUUUUGUGCAAAAUGGCGGACCAGACCCUGUUCUCCAUUGUUGAGUGGGCCAGGAGCAGUAUCUUCUUCAGGGAGCUGAAGGUUGAUGACCAAAUGAAGCUGCUUCAGAACUGCUGGAGCGAGCUCUUGAUCCUCGAUCACAUUUACCGGCAAGUGGCGCAUGGGAAGGAAGGGACAAUCUUCCUGGUUACUGGAGAACAUGUGGACUACUCCACCAUCAUCUCAAACGCCGAAGUCUCAUUCAGCAACCUCCUGAGUCUCACACAGGAGCUCGUGCUGAGACUCCGUUCCCUCCAGUUCGAUCAGCGAGAGUUUGUAUGUCUCAAGUUCUUGGUUCUGUUCAGCUCAGAUGUCAAAAAUCUUGAGAACUUCCAGCUGGUGGAAGGUGUCCAAGAGCAGGUGAAUGCUGCCCUCCUGGACUACACAGUUUGCAACUACCCACAACAAACUGAGAAAUUUGGGCAGCUACUUCUUCGGCUGCCAGAAAUCCGGGCAAUCAGCAAGCAGGCGGAAGACUACCUAUACUACAAGCACGUGAAUGGGGACGUGCCCUAUAACAACCUUCUCAUCGAAAUGCUGCAUGCCAAAAGAGCCUAAGCUCCCACCCCAGAAGCUCGCUCUAGGAACAGAUACUGGAGCGAGAAGAGGAGGAGGAAGAGACAGACACACAAUACUCUGAACUGCUCCAAAAACAAUGCUAAUUACAAACUCAGUUUAAAGACACUGAAUUUUAAAAGCAUAAUAAUUAAAUACUUAAUAGCAAAUAAAUGAUAUAUCAGGGUAUUUGUACUGCAAACUGUGAAUCAGAGGCUGCAUAUCCCCAAAGGAUUCAUACGAAAGACAUUGUAAUGGGGUGGAUUGAACUUACAGAUGGAGUCCAAUACCAUAGCAGAAUAAAAUAGACAGAA